UGCGUGUCAGUGACGCCAUCCACCUGCGACCCCCCCACAGCCAGGAGGAGAGAAGCAGAGAGCCGGGGCCGCGUAGCUGGGUUGGUGACUCACAAUGCCACUGCCAUUGGCCCUUCAAGCCCGAUUGGCGAAAAGAGGGUUCUUGAAGCAUUUUGAAGCAGAGCCAGCAGAAGAGGUCAUUGCCGAGGACUAUGAUGAUAACAACGUGGACUAUGAGGCUACGCGGGUAGAGAAUCUCCCCCCCAACUGGUACAAGGUGUUUGACCCAAUAUGCGGCCUGCCGUAUUACUGGAAUGUGGAGACGGACAUGGUGUCCUGGUUAUCCCCACAUGACCCCAACGCUGUCAUCACCAAAUGCACCUCCAGACAGAAAGAGUCGGAGGAGCGGCCGGAGAAACCAGAGUGGCCGGAGAGGGAGGAGGUAAAGGAGAGAAGACACAUUCGAAGGGAGGAAAUCGCUCCAUAUCCAAAACCAAAAAAAGGGAGGAAAGAAGAAGAGAUCGAUCCCAUGGAUCCAAGUGCUUAUUCUGAUGCUCCAAGGGGCACCUGGUCUACAGGACUUCCCAAAAGAAACGAGGCCAAAACUGGGGCAGACACCACAGCUGCAGGACCCUUGUUUCAGCAGAGACCGUAUCCCAGUCCGGGAGCCGUGCUGAGGGCCAACGCUGAAGCCUCUCGUGCUAAACCCCUGGAAUGAGGACGACUCCUGAAGAAUCGCUGUAUCUCCGCUUUGUACAGUUUCCCCGGCCCCGUGUUGUGUGUGAAUAAACUGUUUUUAGGAAA